AUGGGUGAGGAGCAGAGCACGGUGAGCGGCAGCGGGCCCCCGGAGGCGGGGGACCCUGCUGGAGGCGCCACGGGCCACCCCGAGCCCCCGAGGCCGCGGGGGGACAGCGGCGGGGCGCCCGGGCCGCACGCCACCUCCGCGGAUCCGAACGGCGGUGGCUGCGGAAGCGACUCCGGCUGCGCGGACCUGAGCGCCCCGGAGCCCGCGGGGAGCCGGGGGGGCCCGGGCUGGACGGAGAGCCAAGCACCCGGGCAGCCCGCAGGACUGGCACUCUCAGGGCCCCUCAACCCCCAGACUUUGCAACAGCAGCUUGAAGAGGAGGAGGAGGAAGCUGAGGACAGAAAAGAGGGAGGAUAUGAACCGCAGGAGGCAACCCCCGGAGAGGAGCCGAAGCCCAGGACCCGCGUUGGGGCCCCGGACGCCCUGGUCCUGGACGUGCUGGGUCAGCGGCGUCCGCCCCCCGCCAGGAGACAAGUCUUCUGCUCCGUGUUCUGCGUGGAGAACGUCCUGCCCCAGGACCCCACUGUUGAGCUGCUCUCGCCACCCGCCUCGCCACCUCGGGCUCCGCCAGUGAUGGACCCUCCCAGCACGCCCUCCUUUCCCAGCCCCCGGCUGUCCCUCCCAACGGACUCCCUGCCCCCCGAUGGCGGCAGCAUCGAGCUGGAAUUCUACCUGGCUCCCGAGCCUUUCUCCGCGCCCAGCCUGUUGGGAGCUCCACCCUAUUCUGGCCUGAGUGGGGUAGGGGAUCCCUAUGCGCCCCUCAUGGUGCUGAUGUGCCGGGUGUGCCUGGAAGACAAGCCUAUCAAGCCCUUGCCCUGCUGCAAGAAGGCCGUGUGCGAGGAGUGCCUCAAAGUCUACCUGAGCUCCCAGGUACAACUUGGCCAAGUAGAAAUCAAAUGCCCUAUCACAGAAUGUUUUGAAUUCCUGGAGGAAACAACAGUUAUCUACAACCUAACGCAUGAAGACUCCAUCAAAUAUAAAUACUUCUUGGAACUUGGCCGUAUUGAUUCCAGCACCAAGCCAUGUCCUCAAUGCAAGCACUUUACAACCUUCAAGAAAAAAGGACAUAUUCCCACCCCUUCCAGAUCAGAAAGCAAAUACAAAAUCCAGUGCCCCACUUGCCAAUUCGUCUGGUGUUUUAAGUGCCACUCUCCUUGGCAUGAAGGUGUUAACUGCAAGGAGUACAAAAAAGGAGACAAACUGUUGCGUCACUGGGCCAGCGAAAUUGAGCAUGGGCAGAGGAACGCCCAGAAGUGUCCAAAGUGCAAGAUCCACAUCCAGAGAACUGAAGGAUGUGACCACAUGACCUGUUCACAAUGUAACACUAAUUUUUGUUAUCGAUGUGGGGAGAGAUACCGCCAGCUCCGUUUCUUUGGAGAUCACACAUCAAACCUCAGUAUAUUUGGAUGCAAAUAUCGCUACCUCCCAGAGAGACCUCAUCUAAGGAGAUUAGUGCGAGGGUCGGUCUGUGCUGGAAAAUUAUUUGUUGCACCUCUAAUCCUGGUCCUGGGAUUAGCACUAGGGGCCAUAGCAGUUGUAAUUGGUUUAUUUGUAUUUCCUAUCUAUUGCCUUUGUAAAAAACAGAGAAAACGAUCACGGACAGGUAUGCACUGGUGAAACGCAGAGGAUUUCAUCUAACUAAGCUGGUCCGGUCAGGAGCUGCACAGAAUGGCACACCCAUCAGAGAGUCGUGUCUCGAAACACAUGGGGCGGAACCUUCUGCAAUCUCGUGUCCCCGUGGUUCUCUGCAGGUCACAAAGCCUCUAGCUCCGUCGCACUCCCAACACGGUAUCCUGUCCUUUCCUUAUACUGAGUGCUGCUUUUUUAAAAUGGUCAUUUUCAUACACUAUAAACAUCCAUAUCACAAUUCUGACCUUCUUGAUGGGUCUUGGAAGAAAUUGUUUUAAAUAAGAACCAGUUAUCCUCAGAACUGUCUGAGCAGGCCUCUCGCGAGAAUAGCUUGGACUGUCUUUGUACCUGAACCCUCCUCCAGCCCACCUGUGAGACAGAACAGCUGAAGGUCCACCUGUACCAACGAGCAAGGCCACUUUUCAGAAGAUCAAGGCUCAUCUUAUGCCCCUCUUCACCUGUGGCCCAAGCAGUAUAAUUCCUUCAUUCUUCAGAUGCUCUGAUUGUUCAAAUCUCAGUGCCCAAAGGGAACUAAUGAAACUAAAUGAAUGAAAAGAAUCAUGUGUUAACUGAAGUAUAUAUGUGUAGGGGUAUGAACAUGUGUGUAUGAAUACCUGUAUUAAAACUCGAUCCAAUGACCUUGUGCUUGCAAAGUCCCAUGCCUCUACACUGUACUUUCACAUUUUCACAGAUAUAUUUAAAGAUGAUGGUUCCUUUGUGGGCGUAACUUGAGAAUGUACUGAAUUAAAGUCAAUAUAGACAACAGGCUAUUUCACUGUUGACCCUUUCUAUGUCUUGCUCUCUCUUUGUCACACACACACACACACACACACACACAGAUGUGUGCCUUGUCACCCCAAGGAUUGUCAAACUUUAUAAACUGACAAAACUGAUUGACUGAUUUUAGGAAAUUGUCCAGACCCGGACAUUCAGUCUUUUCAGAUUUCCUCUGUUUGGGCACACGUGCUUCACGAUAUGAAUACAUUCUCCAGGCAGAAGCAGGUAAUUGAAAUAGCAGGUUUGCUGUAGAGAAAAUUGCUUAGGCCUCUAAACAGAUCCCUAUUCUCAUUUUUAAGCAAGUUGUAACUAUAGAUAAUUCUGCUUUAGGUCAAGGUGUGGUAUUAUUUACCACCCCACCCCCUUAUCUCUUUCUCUCGUUUUAAUUUGCCCCCAAGUUUCACUAGUUUUGAAGGAUUUUUCUCAUGUUUACUGCUCAUCUGCAUAAUAAUGUGUUGAUAU